UGCUCAUAACCGUAAAACUAUUUAGUCUCAUGUUUGGUGUUGUGACUUACGGUUUUAAGUGGGGGUGUGUUGGGUAAAUAAAACAAGUUUUUCUAAAGUCUUUUUUUUUAUUCAGUUUAUUUCAGGUGUGUUGAUUUGAGGCAAACUUAAUCCAAAAUGCCUCAAACACCUCAACUAUCCCCCCAAGAGGAGCAAGAAAAACUCUUGGAUGAAGCUCUCAGUGUUGUAAAACUUCAAGCAUUUCAAAUGAAAAGAUGUCUUGAUAAAACUAAGUUGAUGGAAGCUCUAAAACAUGCCUCAAACAUGUUGGGUGAACUACGAACUUCACUUUUAAGCCCGAAAAGUUAUUAUGAAUUAUAUAUGGCUGUUUCUGAUGAAUUACGUCACUUAGAGCUUUAUCUCUUAGAAGAGUUUCAGAAGGGCCGUAGAGUGGCAGAUCUUUACGAGCUUGUACAAUAUGCAGGCAAUAUCAUCCCAAGAUUGUAUUUGUUAAUUACUGUUGGGCUAAUUUACAUGAAGACGAAUGAGCAUUCAAAAAGGGAUAUAUUAAAAGAUAUUGUCGAAAUGUGCCGAGGUGUACAACAUCCUUUGCGAGGACUUUUCUUACGGAAUUAUUUACUGCAGUGCACAAGAAAUAUAUUACCAGAUACUGAAGAAAAUGACACAAAUGCAGAAACCAUUGGUACUGUAAAAGAUUCUGUUGAUUUUAUCUUGCUUAAUUUUGCUGAAAUGAAUAAAUUGUGGGUGCGAAUGCAGCAUCAAGGCCAUUCUCGUGAUAAAGAAAAAAGAGAAAGAGAAAGGCAAGAACUGAGGUUACUUGUAGGCACAAAUUUAGUCCGACUUUCUCAGCUAGAGUGCAUAGAUGUAGAAAAAUACAAGAAGAUGGUAUUACCAGGAAUCCUUGAACAGGUUGUGAGUUGUAGAGAUGCAAUAGCUCAAGAAUACCUUAUGGAGUGCAUAAUUCAAGUUUUUCCAGAUGAGUUCCACUUGCGAACUCUUAACAAUUUCCUUAAAGCAUGUGCUGAACUUCAUCAGAAUGUUAAUGUCAAGAAUAUCAUUAUUGCAUUGAUUGAUAGAUUGGCAGUGUUUGCAACUAGAGAUGAUGCAGCUGGUAUUCCACAAGAAAUUAGAUUAUUUGAUAUAUUUUCUGAUCAGAUUGCUCAAAUUAUACAAUCAAGACAAGGCAUGCCUUCCGAAGACACAGUUGCCCUUCAAGUGUCACUAAUUAAUUUAGCUCUGAAAUGUUACCCUGACAGAGUUGACUAUGUUGAUAAGGUUUUAGAAACUACUGUUAACAUUUUUGAGAAAUGUGGAAUCAAAAGAGUGGAAUACAACACUCCUGUUUCAAAAGAAUUAUUGAAACUAUUGAAAAUUCCUGUACAGCAUUACAAUAAUAUAUUAACUGUGUUAGAACUGAAGCAUUUUGGCAGUCUCAUGAACUUCUGUGAUUAUAACAGUCGCAAGUCUAUGUCUUGUUUCCUGGUAAAUAAUGCUUUAGAAAAUGAAACAUACAUACCAACACAAGAACAGGUUGAGCAAAUUUUGGUUUUAGUAUCUCCACUGGUUCAAGAUCAGUCUGAUCAGCCAUCUGAAGAUGAUGAUCCUGAAGAUUUUGCUGAAGAGCAAGGGUUGAUGGGAAGGUUUAUCAAUUUACUGCAGGCUGAGACACCAGACCAGCAAUUCCUUAUGCUGAAUACAACGAGAAAACAUUUUGGAAAUGGAGGAAACAGACGCAUUCGUUACACUUUGACUCCAAUUGUAUUCCAAGCAUAUAAACUUGCGUUUCGUUACAAAAAUGUCAGUGAAGAGGAUGACAAAUGGGAGAAAAAAUGUCAAAAGAUAUUUAAAUUCUGUCUUCAAACUAUCAAUGUACUCAUCAAAGCAGAAAUGGCAGAAUUACCUCUAAGACUGUUUCUGCAAGGAGCUCUAGCUUCUGGACAGAUUGGAUAUGAAAAUCAUGAAGCAGUUGCAUAUGAAUUUGUUUCACAGGCCUUUUCUCUAUAUGAAGAUGAAAUAUCAGACAGCAAGGCUCAACUUGCAGCUAUUACUCUUAUCAUUGCAACAGUUGAGCAAAUGUCUUGCUUCAGUGCCGAGAACCAUGAACCUCUAAGGACACAAUGCGCUUUGGCAACUUCCAAAUUGCUGAAGAAACCUGACCAAUGUAGAGGUGUUUCUGUUUGUUCUCAUUUGUUCUGGUCUGGAAAGAACUUAGCUACUAAGGGAGAAGAGAUGCAUGAUGGAAAACGAGUUUUAGAAUGCUUGAAAAAGGCGACCAAUACAGCUAAACAGUGUAUGGAUUCUAGUGCACAAGCACAAUUGCUCGUUGAAAUAUUAAACCAUUGUAUUUACUUCCAAGAAAAGAAUAACGAUCAAGUUCACAGCCUCACCAAACACUUGCUGGGUGAAAUUCGUGAACUUUUACCUACCCUUGAAGUGAAUGAAGAGACAGAACAAAUUAACAAGCAUUUUCAGAAUACAUUAGACCACAUGCAAGAGGGAGAAGGAAAGGAAAAUCCAGUAAAGGAGACAGCAGCAGAAGAACAACUAGCUCUUUAACUACUGUAUGGCGUGGAAAUCAUCCAAUGGAAAUGUGCUGUCUUCAAACUGUUUUUGAACUCUUGACUCACCAUUCCAUACAAUUUAUGUAAAUAGAAAGUGCCAUUGAAAGUGUGUAAUAUGCUUUUGUUAGGAUUUAGUUGUUGUAUAUUUAAUUAAAUAAUUUAAAAUAUUUGGAUAUUAAAAUAUAUGUUUCAAGUU